CCUCUAGCGGCCGCUGCUCGGACCGAACCAGGUCCAUUGUUUUCUGUCCCUCUCGUUUAAAGUAGGUCAUGGAGGAAGGAAGCGAGCCUCGAUAUUUAUCCACCAUUCGUGUUUUUAAUUAACUGAAGAAAUACGAGGAUUAAAGGACAAACGUUUGUUUUGAGAACAGCAGCUGUGCUGAUGCCGUCCUCCGAACAUCUGGACUAACGGACCCUGCGAAGCGACUCGGACGUGCUGGUAGCGGCGCUGGGAUGUCCAGGCGCAGCAGGAGUCGUGCAUGGAGAUAUGUCUGGGGCGGGAUAAGGCGAGACGCUGACGCCCGGGCUCUGGUUCUGGCCUCGGAGAGCGAAGACUGGAGGUUCGACCGCCUGGAGUACAGUGAUUCAGACUCUGAGGCCGACUUCUCGGCCGUGAUGGUUCCUCCGGUUCCCAGCGCUGUUCCCGUCACCGGGGAAUCGUACUGCGGCUGCGACUCUCAGGCCGAAACCAGCUACAACCCUCGACUCAGAGGUUUUCACCAGGUCAAAGACUGUCACUGCGGAGAGGACGACCAAGACUUUGACUGGGUCUGGGACGCUAACGGCCGAUCGACGGCGACGCUCCUGAGCUGCGACAACCGCAAAGUGAACUUCCACUCGGAGUACAGCUGCGGCACGGCGGCGAUCCGCGGAUCCAAGGAGCUGGCGGAGGGGCAGCACUUCUGGGAAAUCAAGAUGACGUCUCCGGUCUACGGGACAGACAUGAUGGUUGGCAUCGGGACGUCUGACGUCAACCUGGACAAGUACAGACACACGUUCUGCAGCCUGUUGGGAAAAGACUCGGACAGCUGGGGCCUCUCCUACACCGGCUUAUUGCAUCACAAAGGAGACAAGACGAACUUCUCCACCCGGUUCGGACAAGGCUCGAUCAUCGGAGUUCACCUGGACACGUGGCACGGCACCCUGACGUUCUUCAAGAACCGCAAGUGUAUAGGCGUCGCAGCCACGGAGCUGCAGAACAAGCGCUUCUACCCGAUGGCGUGCUCCACGGCGGCCAAGAGCAGCAUGAAGGUGAUCCGGUCGUGCUCGGCGCCGACCUCGCUGCUCUACCUGUGCUGCGCCCGCCUGCGCCAGCUGCUGCCGGACUGCAUAGACACUCUGGACGAGCUGCCGCUGCCGCCGGGCCUCCGCCAGCUGCUCCACAACAAGCUGGGCUGGGUCCUCAGCCUCAACUGCGGCUCCAGCGGCUCCGACGGGUCCGACGGGUCCGAGCGCUCGCCGCGUUUGACCCGCGCCCCGCCCUCGGCCGGACCGUCCUCCUCCGAGAGCGACUCCGAGGGCUGCACGUCCGACCCCGAGGCCUGUCAGAGGAAGAGGUGCCGCUGGACGUGACCGGACCUCCUCCUCCUCCUCCUCCUCCUCCUCCUCCUCCUCCUCCUCUGAUCCGAUCUGACGCCGCCUUCCUGCCUCCGAGGUUUCUCUUCAGUGUUAUUCCAGUAGCGAAGGAAAAUAAUCGGGAGGAGCGGAGAAAAAGGCGUCCGUGAUCUUCUUCUCUCAUGCCAUUCUCUUUAAACCAGUGAAUAUGUUUUGUUGCCAUUCAUUCAUAUGUGUGUGUGUGUGUGUGGGAACAGUCUGUAACACUGAAAAAAAACAAAACAAAAAAGAAGAAACGUGUAGAUAUUUUCUUUUUGUGUCGAACUGUUACACGGAGGAAGGUGGAGCUCUUCUUCUUCUUCUUCCUCCCGAAUUCAACACCUCGAACUUCUCUCCGAAAAGUUUUCUAAACGCGUUUUUACUUUUACUCGGAUCAUGAAAAACAAAAAGAGACUCUGUGACGUAUUUUUAAUUUUCUUUAUAAUCACUGUUGCACCUUAUUUCUUCUUUUUUUUUUUUUACUUUCUACUCGUCUGUUUAUGCAACAGUGUUUUGUUACUUUACUCGAAGCCUUGUUCUGUGCAGAAAUGGACUUUUUAAAUGAGAUGAUUCUUAUCGUGAUCAUGACUAAGUACUAAUUAGAUUUAAUUCUCCAGCACCAAACUAUGAAAUGACACCACGUCCCCUCCCUCCCUCCAUGUCCUGGUUUAAACUACAUCUUAUACAAAGAUUUAAGGUUCUAUGCAAUACGAGCGUUUUCUGAACGAAGCACAAAUCCGUCGAAUGACGGAGUCGAGAAAGAUCAGUUUCUUUUCGUCUUCGCUCACAGUGUUUGUCUUUUCAUCGAUGCAUCGAAGCACUUUGUUCUCACUCUUCUACUGUAAAUAAGUAAACUCUACGUGUGUUUUUUCUGUACCAUGUCAUAUUAAUAAUAAUAUUAAUAAUAAUAAUAAUACUGUAUGUGUCGGCAGUCGUUGGCCUUUUUCUGUAUAACUCGGCAUGAUUUUCAGCGGAAAAUAAAACUACAUAUGCACAAAG